UGUGCAGUUCAGUGGUCAGUGGUGUUUUCCCCAUCAGGGUUAUCGGAAGGAAAGGGGUGCUUGCCUGCGCACGAGAAUGGUGACUCCAUUAUACACCGUUUCGAGGAGGAUGACGACUUUGGUGGUGCUUUGGCUUCUUUCUUCUCCUAUUGCUGCUCUCCGAACCUUCGUCACAGACCGUCAUGCAACCGCUGCGAUGGACCGAGUCCGGAGGCAAGAAACACUAGGAGAGACGUGUGACUUCGGUUCUGAUAAUGAUCUAAACACCUGCGAUUGGACUAAUCGCAACGGAUCGAUGCUGCAAUGGCAGAUAGGUUCAGGAUCUUUAUCCAACUGGUUGGGAGGUCCCAGCAGGGAUUCUAGUUUGGGUGACGAUGCUGUAAAAGGAGGGUAUGUGUUCUUUGAAACUUCACUGCUGGGAGCAACACCAGAUACAAGAGCGGCACAGAAUGCUUUCCUGGAUAGUCCUGUGAUGGACACGACGGGAGCCGAGGGCAAGUGCAUAUCUUUCAGCUACUACGUUGACGGACUGAGUGCAGCUGGACUGCGUAUUUUACUCCAUCCCCUCAACGAAGAGGGUCUGCAAGGGGGCUUCGACAGGGUUCUUUGGAGUACGAAGGACCCCACAAAUCAGAAAUGGCUCGAGGCUGAAGUACUGUAUACAUUCAACUCUGUUCAUCAGAUUGUUUUCGAGGGAAUUGCAAAGGAAUCUUCUGACGCGUACCGUCGGUUCCGUGGGUUUGUGGCAGUUGACAAUGUCGCCCUCAAGAUGGGGUUGGGGUGCAAAGGACACUGCACUUUCGAAGGUGGAUUCUGUGGUUGGACAAAUGAUGAAGAAGACGACUUCGAUUGGUCCCUGGGGCGUGGCAGUCACAAUCCUUCAACGGGGCCUGCGACCGAUCGCACUAGCUUCAUGCAUGGGGGGAUGGAAGGAGGUUACGCCUACAUAGACUCCUCUUACCCCCGACGUCCGGGCGACUUCGCAAGAUUAUCGAGUAUGGAAUUCGACGCCACAGAUCCGGACAAACCACUCUGCCUCAGAUUCUGGACGCAUAUGUACGGCAACGGGAUCGGAACUCUGAGUAUUCUCCUGAGUGACACCAGGGAGAACAAGGAACGGGAGAUCUGGAGCCUUUCUGGAGAAGCAGGCAACGCCUGGUACCAAGCAGAACUCCCCAUCUCUUCCCCUAACCCCUUCAUGAUCAUCAUAUCUGGCAAGGUGGGCAAGAACAAUCUGGGAGACAUCGCUCUAGAUGACCUCUCCCUAACUCACGGAAGCUGUCCAACUGCCCCUCAAAUCGCGGCGCCGAUGUCAGGAGACUGCACCUUCGAAGUGGAUGAAUGUGGAUGGACUAACGUUGGGGCAAGAGAUCGAGUGGAUGACAUAGACUGGGACCGCGUGUCCGGGCAGGGUACGCGGACCUCUACCCACGAUCAUACGCUUGGAUCUGAGAAAGGAUUCCUCAUGGCCUUAGCAAGGAAUAAUGUUCAGCGGCCAGGGAGCAGGGCCUGGUUCUCCUUUCAGGAAAUGAAGGCGACUACGCUACCACAGUGCAUGUCGUUUUGGUUUGUGCUGAAUGAACCUUUCAUUGACAACACGGGUCCCAGCCUUGGUUCUCUCACAGUGUACACUAAGAACGCAAACUCCGUGAUGACUCCAAUAUGGAGGCUGUACAAUCACCAGGGCCCAGAGUGGAGAUACGCGCAGGCCCUGAUUCCAGAAACUACGGAGCAUAUGCAAAUUGUGAUAGAGGGAACGUGGGGUUCCAGCAGAGCUAAUGGCUUUAUUGGCUUUGAUGACAUCACUUUCUUCGGAGCAGCAUGUUCCACCAUACCGUCAGGAGCGUACGUUCGGGUAGGUGAGUGUCGGUUUGAAAGGGACACGUGCGACUGGUAUAACGACACCACACAAGAUAAAUCGAGUGCUUCAUGGCGCUUGGCUACUGUAUCCAGGAGACCCGCCAACCUCCCCGAUAAGACUUUCGGAGCUCCAGAGGGAUAUGUCUACUUCGACCUGUUCAACCAGAACGUUGGCAGUAACCCAGUACGCCUCAUCUCUCCCACAAUCAGCGCCGUGGAAGAAAGGUCCCUCUGCUUUACGUUCUGGUUCGCAGUUUUUGGAGCAGGCGAAUCUGCACAGCUGAGGGUCGUGCGUCAGGACAACAGCUCCAGCGACAACGGCGAGAAUCCUCCGCUCGAAAAGGUGUGGGCCUUCGAUGCAAAGCUCAUGGAUACCACACGUCCAAUUUGGUUUCCGGCCCAGGUCGCAGUGGACGCUCAAACUGACUUCCGCAUCAUGUUGGAAGGUCAAGCUAUGAAUGGUGGAUUCGCAGUGGACGACCUCAUGUUCUCUCCUGGGUCCUGUUCAACGAGACCCGAAAAAGCUGCUGUGAAAAGUCAAGAGCUCAAGAAACAAGGCCUAGUCCUGUAGCCGAAUUAAAAUCUACACCUGCACAAAUGUGACAGAGAAACUAAAAUUAAUAUGCCGCUUCAAUUACUCCUGUAUAUUCUGAGCUUAUAUUCUGAAUAAUUUAUAAAUAUAUAUAAUUACAUUUAACCAAUCUCAGAACUCAGUAAUUUGCAGCAGAUGUCUAACUUCUAACAUUACGCAGUGUACAUUGAACAGUAUAUAGGUUAAAAUUCUUGUAAGUUUUGGGAAAUAUUUUCCUCGCCAUCAUAUCCAAGACAACUCCGCACGGACUGUUGGUUUUUCCCUAGAAGACAUGGUCACAUAUCUCCUUGCAAUUUCGAAGAAAACAGACUUCCAGCAUUUAUCUUCACAUAACCCAUGCUUAUACGUGGCACCGUGCUUGUAAACUUGAGUAACUUUAAUUUCUUCAUUAAAUUAAUUCAAGUUAGAAAUAAAAAAUUAUGAGGUUCAAGUUUAAAACAGAAGUAAAUCUGAUAUCUCCCUUUCUUCGAAAUUCACGAGAGUUUCAGAUCUGUCCUGGGAAUGAAGAUUUUUAUCGAGCACUACUAAUAAAUCAUCCAUGUAUUAAUGUCAGAAUUAUGUAUUAUGUACAGAGUUUAUUGUGAAACAAUAUAUAUCAUAUAAUAAUCACAA